AACGACUGUUUCGUUCAUUUGUUUAUGCAUUGUUUAUUUUGUAUGUUACAAGGAUACUGUGAUUCAAAAGUAGUUCGGAAUAUUUGAAAUAAACUGAAACGGAAAAUGCCCCCAACAUCUGAAGCGAAACCUGAAUCAGUGAAAGAAGAUGUCGCUAAAAAGGAAAAGAAGACAAAGGAAGAAGAAGAGCCAGAGCUGAGUGAGGAAGACAAACAACUUCUGGAUGAACUUAAUCUUUGCAUUGAACGAUUGAAAGAAAGCGACGCUACUCUGUACAAGUCAGCGCUUGAAAUUCUACGAACCAAGAUCAGAUCUUCCACAGCUUCCAUUACUUCUGUUCCUAAACCGCUCAAGUUUUUGCGGCCUCAUUAUGGAACACUUAAGGAGAUAUACGAACGUAUACCAAUGAGUGAAAACAAGAAAUUCUGCGCCGACAUUGUAUCAGUGCUUGGAAUGACGAUCUCAGAUGAACGUGAAUGUCUAAAAUACAGAUUGCUUGGUUCACAGGAAGAUAUUGGAUCAUGGGGACAUGAAUAUGUUAGACACAUAUCGGGAGAAGUAGCAAGUGAGUGGCAAGAUAUUGAUCAAGAAGAAGAAGGCUCGAAAGAUAAGCUUGCCCAGUUGCUGGCAAUUGUCAAGGAUGUGAUACCAUAUGAUAUGAAGCACAAUGCUGAAACUGAGGCUUGUGAUUUGCUCAUGGAAAUUGAGAAACUUGACAUGUUGCUUAACUUUGUUGACAAAACAACUUACGCUAGGGUUUGCUUGUACCUUGUCAGUUGUGUCCCCUAUGCUGCUGAACCCGAGAACACCAACUUGCUCCAAACUGCUGUCCAAGUCUUCAGGAAGUUUGAUUGUCUUCCUGAGGCUUUAAGACUUGCAAUGCAACUUAAUGAUAUGGAACUUAUUGUGGAAAUUUUCCUUUCAUGCAAAGACCAAGCGAUUCAGAAGCAAUUGGCGUUUGCACUCGGAAGACAACAAGUUUAUCUUGAAUUAGAUGAAGAAAUGGAUGAAGCUGAUGAUAUGACUGAGAUUCUUUCAAAUUCUCAUCUUAACAGUAAUUUUCUCUCUCUAGCCAGAGAGUUGGACAUUAUGGAGCCAAAAGUCCCAGAAGACAUUUAUAAAACACACCUUGAAAAUAGCAGACCAGGUAUGGGACCAUCUGGUUCAAAUGUUGAUUCAGCGAGAAUGAAUCUUGCUUCAUCUUACGUGAAUGGUUUCGUGAAUGCUGCUUUCGGACAAGACAAGUUGCUUACUGAAGAAGGAAAUAAAUGGAUUUACAAGAAUAAGGAGCAUGGUAUGCUUGCUGCAACUGCAUCACUGGGUCUUGUAUUAUUAUGGGAUGUUGAUGGUGGUUUGACACAAAUUGAUAAAUAUCUUUAUUCUUCUGAGGAUUACAUCAAGUCAGGCGCAUUGCUGGCAUGUGGUAUUGUGAACACUGGUGUAAGAAACGAAUGCGAUCCAGCUCUUGCAUUGUUAUCAGACUAUGUUCUACAUAACAGCAAUGUAAUGAGAAUAGGAUCUGUCCUUGGGUUAGGACUGGCUUAUGCUGGAUCAAACCGGAUGGAUCUCAUUUCUCUACUGACACCAGUGAUGGCAGAUUCAAAAUCCAACAUGGAGGUGAUAGGAAUCACUGCAUUAGCACUUGGUUUGAUAUCAGUGGGAACAUGUAAUGGUGAGGUGACAUCAGCCCUUCUACAAACACUAAUUGAACGAUCGGAAUCUGAACUCAAGGAAACUCAUGCGAGGUUUAUUGCUCUGGCUCUUGCACUCGUUUAUCUAGGUAAACAGGAGGCAGUAGAUACAAUACUCAUGGCUUUACAAGUUGUUCCUGAACCACUGAAAGGAUUUGCAUCUGUUCUUGUGGAAGUUUGUGCUUAUGCUGGCACCGGAAAUGUUCUUAAAGUUCAACAAAUGCUUCACAUUUGCACUGAAACUGAUAAAGAGGAAGAAGCCACUGAUAAAACGGAGAAGAGUGAGAAGUCCGAGAAGAAAAAAGAUUCCUCCACUUCUUCCUCAACACCAUCCAGUGACUCCAAGAAGAAGGAAGAAUCAAAAUCAAAAAGCGAUGAUAAGAAAACCAAGUCAUCUGAAUGGGGAAUGACGCGUCAUGCUGCUGCUGUGCUUGGCAUUGGUUUGAUUUCUGCUGGUGAAGAAAUUGGCUCUGAGAUGGCAUUUCGUAUGUUUGGUCAUCUUUAUCGUUAUGGUGACUUGGCAGUGCGAAGAACUGUCCCACUAGCUCUUGCUCUUACCUCCGUGUCAAACCCACAACUUCAUAUUUUGGACACUUUGUCAAAAUUCAGUCAUGACUCUGAUGCUGAAGUUGUACAUAAUUCCAUAUUUGGAAUGGCCCUCGUAGGAAGUGGUACCAACAACGCACGAUUGGCGCAAAUGUUGCGUAAUCUUGCUGUAUAUUAUUCCAAAGACCCAAACAAUCUAUUCUUAGUACGACUUGUCCAGGGUUUGGUGCAUUUAGGAAAGGGUACCCUGACCCUACAACCUUACCACAGUGAUCGACAGUUACUUAGUCCUGUUGCAAUGGCUGCUUUACUAUCAGUUAUUGUCUCAUUUCUGGACGUCAAAAACACCAUUCUGAGCAAGAGUCACUACCUGCUAUACACCUUAGUACCUGCAAUUCAACCUAGAAUGCUGGUGACAUUUAACGAAGACCUUAAUCCACUUACUGUUAGCGUUCGUGUGGGUCAAGCUGUGGAUGUUGUAGGACAAGCUGGAAAACCCAAAACUAUCACAGGAUUUCAAACACACACAACUCCCGUUUUGCUGGCAUAUGGUGAGAGGGCUGAGCUUGCUACAGAGGAAUACAUUGCUCUUACACCAGUGAUUGAGGGAUUUGUGAUUUUGCGUAAAAAUCCCGACUACGAAUGAAAAGUUCCUUUACACCCUCUUAGAAACUUCAUAUUUUUUUCAAAUUUGCCCCAAGGCUAUCCAGUUCAAAUUUAAUGUAUGGCAGCUGCUGUUUUGAAUCUGUGUAAUUUAUCUGCUUCCGUACCGCCUUUGUUGUCGUGCGUUUGGAUGUUUGGUCACCUAUUCAUAACCGCAGCAUUUAGGCAAGAAAUUUGGUGUUGUUUGUGUUAUAAACAACAAAACGACAGUUCA